AUGAGUGUCGCACGAAUAUAUCACACAGCAUCCACAUUAGCAAAUGGAUCAGUAUUAGUUGCUGGUGGAUACAAUGGCACCGGUUCUUUCAAUAGUGCUGAAUUGUACAAUUCAUCAACAGGCAAUUGGACAACUACAGCAAACAUGAGUGUCGCACGAUAUUAUCACACAGCAUCCACAUUAGCAAAUGGAAAGGUAUUAGUUACUGGUGGAUACGGCAGUAGUGGUAUUCUCAAUAGUGCUGAGUUGUAUAAUCCAUCAACAGGCGCUUGGAUAACUAAAGGAAGCAUGAGUAUCGCACGGAUAUAUCAUACAGCAUCCACAUUGGCAAAUGGAUUAAUAUUAGUUACUGGUGGAUCUGACAGUACUGCUGAACUGUACAAUUCAUCAAUAGGUAAUUGGACAAUCGCAGGAAGCAUGAGUUUCGCACGAGCAGGGCACACAGCAUCCAUAUUAGCAAAUGGACUAGUAUUAGUUACUGGUGGACACAAUAGCGGUGGUUACCUCAAUAGUGCUGAAUUGUACAAUCCAUCAACAGGCAAUUGGACAACCACAGCAAGCAUGAGUGUUACACGAUAUUAUCACACAGCAUCCAUAUUAGCAAAUGGAUUAGUAUUAGUUUCUGGUGGAACCGACAGUAGUGAUUAUCUCAAUAGUGCUGAAUUGUACAAUCCAUUAACAAGCACUUGGACAACCACAGGAAACAUGAGUGUCGCUCGAGAUUCUCACACAGCAUCCAUAUUAGCAAAUGGACAAGUAUUAGUUGCUGGUGGACAGAACAGUGGUGGUUAUCUCAAUAGUGCCGAGCUUUAUUAA